CACUUCCGGGAGCGCGGCGUGAGGGACCGGGAGGAACCGGGAGAAACCGGGAGGGACCGGGAGGGUCCGGGAGGGACCGGGAGGGUCCCGGGGGGCUCCAGCCGCCCCCGGCACGCCCCACAGCGGCUCGGGGCCGCUCCGAGGCGGCUCCCGCGGCCGAUCCCGGUGCGGUUCCCGCUGCCGGCGCCGUUCCCGGUCCCGCGCUCCGGUGCCGCCGCCAUGGGCCGCCGCAAGUCCAAGCGGAAGCCGCCGCCCAAGAAGAAGAUGACGGGCACGCUGGAGACGCAGUUCACGUGUCCCUUCUGCAACCACGAGAAGUCCUGCGACGUCAAGAUGGACCGCGCCCGCAACACCGGCGUCAUCUCGUGCACCGUGUGCCUGGAGGAGUUCCAGACCCCCAUCACCUACCUGUCGGAGCCCGUGGACGUUUACAGCGAUUGGAUCGACGCCUGCGAGGCCGCCAACCAGUGACCCCGGGAGGGGGGGACACCGGGGGGGACACGGCCGGUCCCCAAAGCCCGGCGGGGCCAGGACCCCCCCCGGGGCUCGGUGACCCCCCCGGUGUCGGUGCCACCCCCCCGGCCCCGCAGUGUCGGUGACAUUUCCCCCCCCGCCGUGUCCCGUCCCCUCGGUGACGCCGCCGGGGGCGGCGGCGCUGCAAUAAACGGCCCGAGGGCGGCCCGGUGUCCCCCGGUGUCAUUCGGUGUC